AUGUCAUCUGACCAGGAAGACUGCCACCUGUGUAAGGAAUACCUCAGGGAUCCCGUGUCCAUCCCAUGUGGCCACAUCUUCUGCUCCGUGUGCCUGAAGACUUACUGGGACCAUGCUGACCACACGGGCUCGUACCUCUGCCCACAGUGUAGGGUCACCUACAACAAGAGGCCCACCCCGAGACGCAUGGGAGGCUCCCGCCAAUCCACCAUCCAACGCAACACCGAAUCCUUCCCGCCUCCACCUCCGUCCCCUGACUACAACUACGCGGGACCCCAGGAUGUAGGUUGUGAUAUCUGCAUUGGAAAAAAGCACAAAGCCAUGAAGACCUGCCUGAUGUGUUUGGCCUCCUACUGCGAGAAGCAUCUCAAGCCCCACUACGAGUCAAACACUUUUAAAAGGCACAAGCUGGUGGAUGAAAUCGGCCACCUGGACAGACAGAUCUGUCCCCAGCAUCAGAAGGGUCUGGAGCUGUUCUGUCGCACUGACCAGAUGUGCAUCUGCGUGCUGUGUACAGUGAAAGAACACAAAGGUCACGACAUGGUGUCUGCUGAGCAGGAGAGGGCGGAGGAGCAGCAACGGCUUGGCGCCACCCAGGCUGAGAUCCAGGAGAAGAUUCAUGACAGACUCAAGCAGAUGGAGGAACUAAAACAAGCCGUGGACUCACUUAAGAACUCAGCCCACACAGCACUGCAGGAAUGUGAGAAGAUGUUUGCCGACAUGAUGCGCUCCAUUGAGAGGAUGCAGCAAGAGAUGACAAAGCUGAUCUCCUCCAACAAGAGAGCAGCACUCAACAACGCAGAGGGCCACAUGGAGCGUCUGAGCCAUGAGAUCACUGAUCUGAAGAAGAGAGACAGCGAGAUCACCCAGCUGUCCCGCACUGAGGACCACAUCCACUUCAUCCAGACAUACCACAUGCUGAUAGCCCAGACGGCGGCGGAGGAGCUGCCUACAGUGAGCGUCAACCCCUACUUCACCUUCGGCCCAGUCACUAAGGCCGUGUCUGAGAUGAAACAGCACCUGAAUGAAUUCAGCAAUGAUGAACUGGUUAAGGUGGCCAAAGCAGUUAACAAAAUGACCUUCUGCGAACUGGAUGAAUCCAAAAACAAGCAUUCAAAAGCAAUAAAAAGUGAGGAAGCUGCUGUGUACAAGUCUGUACCCGUCCAGGAACCUCAGCACAGGGACGAUUUCAUGAAAUAUGCCUGCCAGCUCACUCUGGACUCGAACACAGCCUACAGACAGCUCUACUUGUCUCGCGGGAACAGGAAAGCUAUCCUCAAGAGAGACCCUCAGUCCUACGGUGACCACCCUUCCAGGUUCGACUCCCUGCCCCAGGUCCUGUGUAAGGAGAAUCUCUCCGGAGGAGCAUACUACUGGGAGGUUGACUGGAGCGGGGAGGGGGCUGCCAUCGGAAUCACCUACAAAAGCAUAAAGAGGACGGGUUACGGAGACAGCUCUCGCAUCGGCUACAACCGCAAGUCUUGGAGCCUCUUCUGCUCUGAUGCCAGCUACUCAGCCCGCCACAACAAAGACCAGAUAGAGAUCAACGCUCCCUACUCGUCACGUAUAGGGGUGUUCCUCGACCACACUGCGGGUACCCUCUCUUACUACGCUGUGGGGGACACCAUGUCCCUCAUCCACCGCUUCAAGGCCUCCUUUACCGAGGCUGUCUUUCCAGGCUUCUGGGUUUGGUAUGAGUCAGGCAUUACCCUCCUCCAGCAGUGAUUAAAUAACACACUUUCUGUGAUCAAUGUACAACUGUGAUUCAGUGUUUUGGCAUGGAUGAACAAAACAAAGCCAUUACUAUUCUCUGAUG